CGAAUUCCUCCGCCUUCCCUUCCUCCAGGUGCCUGUGCUGGGCACCACCCACUCGGACCCCUUCAGGCAGUGCUGAUCUCCCACCCAAAGGCCCAUUGCCUCCCUCCAGCCAGCACCUGCCUGCUCUAGGCUCAGGGGCUGAGAAUCAUGUGAGGGGAGCAGAUAAAAUAGCAUACGCUCUGGCUUGGAGACCGGGAGGGCUCGCUCGCUGCGGCUGGACAGCUGUAGCUUCAUGCAGUGAGUAAAGAGGGCGAACUGAAAGAUAGCGUUUGUGUAACAAGUACCUCAAACCACAGAAGUCACGUGGGCUCUUUCUGCUCUGCUACUUCUGAUCCCCGUCAGAGCGGUGUGCAUUUAGCUCCCCACUCCUGCAAGGCCACUCAACCAUGUGCCAGAUGGAGUAAUCUUGCCUCACGAUGUCUUUGCAAAGGCUUCUGCAGCAGAGCAGCAAUGGCAACUUGGUGGACUACUGCCCUGGUCCUGCAUAUAGCUCCUUACCCUCACUCUUGAGCAGUCUCACGAUGGACGACAACAGGAGGAUUCAAGUGCUGGCAGACACAGUGGCGACUCUGCCUCGGGGACGGAAGCAGCUUGCUUUGACUAGAUCAAGUUCUUUGGGUGAUUUUUGCUGGUCUCAAAGAAAGCUUGUAACUGUGGAAAAGCCGGACAAUGGAACAUUUGGAUUUGAAAUUCAGACCUACCGACUCCAGAACCAGAACCUUUGCUCCUUGGAAAUGUGCACUCUUAUCUGCAAAAUCCAGGAGGACAGUCCUGCUCACUGCGCUGGCCUGCAAGCCGGUGAUGUCCUUGCAAAUAUCAAUGGUGUGAGCACAGAAGGCUUUUCCCACAAGCAGGUGGUUGACCUGAUCAGAGCAUCAGGAAACCUGCUAAGGAUAGAGACUCUUAAUGGAACAGUGAUUCUCCGGAAAGCAGAACUUGAAGCAAAGAUGCAGGAUUUAAAGCAAACCUUGAAGAAAAAAUGGGUGGAGCUGAAGUCUCUGCAGUUACAGGAACAGCGCCUGCUUCAUGGUGAUGCUGCUAACAGCCCAGGUUUGGAAAACUUGGACAUGGAUGAUGUGGCUGCUUUUGGAACCCUGCCCGGGGCCGGCCCAGCCCUUCUGGAACGGAGUCGGUUAUCCAGUGGGGGCAGCUGUAAGAGCUCGCUGAGCUCCAUGACAGUGGACAGUGAGGACUGCUACCAGACCUGCGUGUCUGAGGACUGGGGAAGGGGGCCCUUCAGCCGGCAGAGCAGCGCUGAGGACGAGUGCUUUGUCUCCAAGGCGGGGGACGACUUCACACGGUGGUCUGCAAGGAGGAGCCGGAGCAUCAGCACGACCAGCAGCGGAUCCAUGUCCCCGUUAUGGGAGAACAAUUGCUCAAGCGUGUUUGGGACUCUGCCCCGGAAGAACAGAAAGGGGAGUGUCCGGAAACAGCUCUUGAAAUUCAUCCCUGGCCUUCACCGUGCUGUGGAAGAAGAAGAGAGUCGCUUUUGAUGGCUUGUGGUGCCUUCCCAAGUUAGCUAAUUCCACAAAUGUCUAUCGCCUUGCGUAGAGCAACUCCACCCAAUUUGGUGGAAAAAUGCAGAUAAAUUGGGAAACUGACAGCCCAUUUCACAAGGAACAGUGACCUUUAUUUAAAAUUUUACAUCAUUGUUUUGCUCCUUAAUCAUUUUUCAACCACAGCAGUUCAAAUUCUAAGCAGAUAUUAGGGAAGUUAAAUAAAUUAAAUAUCUGACCAGUCCAAGUGCCUGCUCAUUCUACUGCUGCCUGUGAAAUCCGAAAUGCUUAUUUUCUGGAUAUGAAAAAUUGAGAAACUUUUAGAUUCAGGUGUGAAUAGAGAGUGAUAGAAUAUACUUAUCUGGUCUGCUUUCCACAGGUCGAUUUAGCAUGUUACUAACCGUGUGUUAGCUCAACAUUGUCUAGGCAGCAGCCUUAAUGAUGGGUAAUUUUGAUUGUUUCUGUUCUAGUUUUUAAGGAGUUAUAAACAAAGAUUACAAUCAGCAUUUUCUCACUUAUGUAGUCGCAAUAAAUAAAAAAAGUUUGAGCUUUAACAUAAGGAAAUAAGUUUCAUGAGAACUUGAAAAAGAUAGGAUCUGAGAAGCAUGCUGAGGAAGAACCAACAAUAACAUCUUUUUUGUAGACAGCUGAAAAACAGGGGUGGAAUAUCAUGCCUUUCAGUUCAGUUUCUGUUUUGUCUAAACACUGAUGGCAAGUGUGGAACACCCAGGAUCCUAUGGCUUUGUGAUUAAGAUAUCUGAAAGUCCAGAGAGUGAGGUCUGGGAAAAGGACUUUUGUCCUCUAGAUUUUCUCAUGAUUCCUCACUGUAUUUUCCAAAUAAUGAUCACCUUCUCACUCUUUUACAGCCUACUUAUAUUUGUAUCCCAGUACUUCCAGCUUUUCAAUCAUGCUGUAUUUUACUCACUGUCCAUUAAAGCCUG